AUGAGCUGCUUUUGUAAGGAUGAUAAUAAAGAACCGGUUUUGAUGCAAUCAAUCAGCUCUAAAAUGAAGAGCAGCACAGGCUUAAGAUAUAGUGACUAACUAGUUGUAAAUCAUGUAAUAGAGAGCAAUUUAGAAAAUAAUAAUCCAAACUAGCGAUUAGAAUGCUAAACUUUGAUAGAAAAGGAUGAAAAAAGCGAGGAAGGAAGCAACUUAUUUAUUAAUAGAGAAAGAGACUAUAGUAGCUUUAUAAUUUAAAUUGCAAAAAGUUUCAUGUAGACAGCAUAAUAACCAAACUUUACCUUUCCUCCUGGAUUAAUGAUUAAUAGCAUACAAUAUAUCGAUGAAAAUAUAAUUGAAAUAUAAUACAAAAUAUUUGAUACUGAAUACAUAUUUAAUGGCAAAGAAUAUUAGAACUAAUAAGAUUUCGACUUAUUAGAUGAUCUCUUAUUGCAAUACAAAAAGAAUUUCAUAGGAAAUAAUUCCGUUAAAUCAAAAGUUGGUUACGAUGAAACAGGAAAUUAAAUAAUUUACUUUAUAGCUAAAACUACUUAUCCAUAUUAACAGAGUACUAUAAUUAAAGAAAUCAAAUGA